ACGGGCGGGCCGGCCGCGGGCUGCAGAUGGAAGCCCCGGGUGCUGAGGAUGCGGGCGCCGAGCAGGGAGCUCUUCCGGGAUGCCGCCUUUCCCGCCUCGGACUCGUCGCUUUUCUCCAGCUUCUCCACGCCGCUGGCUCAGUUCCGGGGGGACAUCACGUGGCGGCGGCCCCAGGAGAUCUGCGCGUCCCCCCAGCUGUUCGCGGACAGCCCCCAAGAGGCGCAGGUGACGCAGGGGCUGCUAGGUGACUGCUGGUUCCUGUGCGCCUGCGCGGCCCUGAGCCGGAGCCGCCGCCUCCUGCACCAGGUCUUCCCCGCCGGGCAGCCGUGCUGGCGCGAGCCCGCCUACCGGGGCGCCUUCACCUGCCGGGUGUGGCGGUUCGGGCAGUGGGUGGAGGUGACCGUGGAUGACCGCCUGCCGUGCCUCGCCGGGAGACUGUGCUUCUCGCGCUGCCACAAGGAGGACGUGUUCUGGCUGCCCCUGCUGGAGAAGGUGUACGCCAAGCUCUACGGGUCCUACGAGCACCUGUGGGCAGGGCAGGUGGCAGACGCGCUGGUGGACCUGACCGGCGGGCUGGCGGAGCGCUGGAGCCUGAAGGAUGCUGCCAAGCCCCCGGAGGACGGCCAGGAGCCCCGCACCUGCCAGCGGCUGCUGAGCCUGCAGGACCGGUGCCCCAUCAGCUGCUCGGUGCUCAGCCCCAGGGCCGGGGCCAGGGAUCUAGGGGAGUUUCAUGCCUUCAUUGUCUCGGGUCUGCAAGAGCUCCAGGACCAGGCCGGCCAGAGCCUCCUGCUGCUGCGGAUUCACAACCCCUGGGGCCGCAGGUGUUGGCAGGGACCUUGGAGAGAGGGGGGCGAGGGGUGGAGCCGCGUCUCCGCAGCCACUGCGUGUGCUCUGCUGGGCCAGCUGCAGGCGGGGGAGUUCUGGGUGGAAGAGCCGGAGUUCCUCCGAGAGUUCGACGAGGUCACCAUCGGCUUCCCGCGCUCAGAGUCCGGGCACCUGCAGAGCCUCUGCUCAGGACAGGAGCUGUGCCACACGCAGCAGCUGCAGGGGGCCUGGGUCCGCGGGCAGUCGGCCGGGGGCUGCCGGAACAACAGAGGCUUCCCCAGCAACCCCAAGUUCUGGCUGCGGGUGUCGGAGCCCAGCGAGGUGUACGCGUCCGUGCUACAGCAGCCGGCACUGCGGGCAGCGGCCGACUCCGCGGGGACGGCCAGCUGCCUGGGCAGCAGCCACCAGGCCGUGGGCCUGCACAUCUGGAAGGUGGAGAAGCGGCGGGUCAGCCUGCCCAGGGUCCUGUCUGCGCCCCCCGUGGCGGGCACUGUGUGCCACGCGUAUGACCGGGAGGUCCACCUGCGCUGCGAGCUGUCCCCUGGGCACUACCUGGCCGUGCCCAGCACCUUCCUGAAGGACAUGCCCGGACGCUUCCUGCUGCGCGUGUUCUCCACUGGGAGAGUGGCCCUCAGCGCCCUCAGGCCGACCCCCGCGAGCCCGCCGGCCGGGGAGUGGGAGACGGUGCGGCUGCGUGGCUGCUGGCGCAGUGGCCGGUCCGCGGGGGGCAGCAGGAACUUCGCGUCCUACCCCAGCAACCCCAGCUUCCCGCUGCUGGUGCCCGCCGGCGCGCCCCGCUGCGUGCGCAUCUCCCUGCGCCAGCACUGCCGGGGCGCCCAGUGCCACCCCAUCGGCUUCCACGUCUUCCAGGUCCCCGAGGACGAGGACGGCGGCGCGCCGGGCCAGCCGCCCCUGCUGCUGCAGGAGCCCGUGCUCAGCUGCGUGCCCCACAGCUACGCGCCCGAGGUGAGCCAGCUCUGCCAGCUGGCCCCGGGCGCCUACCGCGUGGUGCCCUCCACCUACCUGCCCGACACCGAGGGCACCUUCACCCUGCUGCUGGCCACCAGGAUUGACAGGCGCUCCAUCCACAGCCGGGAGUUGCUGGGCCAGCCCCUGCAGGAGGCGUCCUUCCUGGCGGUCAUGAAGACUGGACCUUGACUGUGCUUCUCCACGGGCACCAGACAGCUCCCACGGCUCCUGGUGCCACCAACCGGUGCUGCGGCCGCCUCUCGGGCCAGAGGAGACACUGUGCUGCGGGCAGUGCCCCAGAGCCCACCCAGGACAGACUGGCCG